AUGAAGCGAAAUGCUUCAAAGGCAGCUCUUACAUCGAGCAAGAGUUCUUUCGACCCUUCUGUGACACUGUUCAGUCUGGACAAUUCUGCUGCCUCGACGUCUACGCUAUCGCCUUCUACGUCUAAUUCUGAAACAUCUGGCGCGAUUGCAACUCGAGCACCUGUUCUUGAUGCUGUUGAGGUCUCGGAGGAUGGCCCACGUCGCUCAAAACGCGUUAAACGCGUCCAUACAACUCUCGAAGAACGCGACGAGGACGCAGUUCUGACCGAAGUCACAGAAACCGUUAUUCCUGACGGCCCGUUGACUAUUCGUCGGAGUCCUCGUAAAACUGAAGUGAAGAAAGAAGAGUCCGACUCAGAUGAGACUCUUCCGACACUCAAAGCAUCUCCUAAGGCGAAAGGUCGACGGAAACCUUCUGCUUCCCCUCGUAAAACCAAGUCCAUUGCUCAAUCACUCGAUAUUCCUCAUCCUGCACCGGAACGGUGGAGGGAGACCUAUGAUGCUAUCAAGGAGAUGAGGUCGAAAAUCACUGCUCCAGUGGAUACGAUGGGAUGUGACCGUGCACAGUACAAGGAGACUGAGCCAAAGAACCAACGCUUCGCGACCCUCAUUUCGCUCAUGUUAUCCUCCCAAACAAAAGACGAAGUGACUGAUGCAGCAGUCAACAAACUGAGACAAGUUGUCGGCGGUACCCUCAGUCUCGAAGCCGUCCUCGCAGCAGACGACGCCAUCGUCUCCGAAGCUAUCAAUAAAGUCGGCUUCUGGAGACGUAAGACUCAGUACAUCAAACAAAGCGCCCAACGCCUGCGUGAUUCUUUCGACUCUGACGUACCCAAGACGGUCGACGAAUUGUGUUCACUACCGGGCGUGGGUCCGAAGAUGGCGUUCUUGUGUUUGCAGUCUGCGUGGAAGCUAAAUCAUGGUAUCGGCGUGGACGUGCACGUUCAUCGGAUCACGAAUUGGCUGGGGUGGCAUAGACCGCCUACGAAGACGCCUGAACAAACUCGUCUGAACCUCCAAUCCUGGCUGCCGAAAGAGUUGCACGGCGAGAUCAAUCAUCUUCUCGUUGGAUUUGGACAGGUAAUCUGCACCCCGGUAGCCCCUCGCUGCACCGAAUGCACACUCAGCCCCUCCGGACUCGGUCUAUGUCCAAGUGCUCGAGCGGAAAAGCUUGUCAAGAAGAAGGUCCAAUCAAAGGUUGUCAAGAAGGGUAAGGCGAAGCCAGAGGAUGUGAAGAAGGAAGAGGACCUGGAGAAUCUGGAUGUGGAUAUGCAUGCGGAGGCGAAGAUGGAAGAUCUCGAGGAUGUUGGGAUGUCAGCGGGGGUCGGUAGGGCGAAGAAGGUGGAGGUGGUUGAUGAGCUGGUGGCGAUGGGAGAUGGGGCUACUGUGGGCGAUGAGGGCGUUAAUGGGGUGAAGACGGAGAGCGAGAGUUAA